UGAUUAGCGGCAACCCGUCAGAGGAGGGCUGCGACGUCAAAAACAAAAAAAAAAGCUCGAGUUCCCGAGGAUGAGCCGAAGCCUUUCUUCUCCCGAACACGGUGUCUGGCAGCGGUGAAGUUUGAAUAAAGGCGUGGCAGUGAGAACGCCGCUGUGUGUGAGUUAUGGAGGAGUAGCUGUGUCAUAAAGCUCUGUUGUGGUGUUGUUCACAGAAAGCGGCGUUCACGCUCACUAAAAGCUAACGUUAGACAAGUUGAGCUCCACAGCAGACGCAUCUCUUUCCCGCGGGGCUGCCGACGACAAGAGUCCAGAAUGCCAAAGGAGGCAGAUCACCUUGAGGAUGGAGGAGACAAGGAGUCGAAGGAGGAGCAGAGACAGGAGGCUCCUGGGGAGUCGGUUAGGAAGAGGGUCCGGGCAAACACUCCGAGUCCUCACAGAGGCAACACUCCACAAGCCAGCCCACCCAGGUUUGUCUCUGUGGAGGAGCUGAUGGAGACGGCUAAAGGAGUCACCAACAUGGCUUUGGCUCAUGAAAUAAUGGUCAACCAGGCUUUUCAAAUCAAGCCCACAGAGCUUCCUGAAGGAAGUUUGGAGCGCAGGGUGAAGGAGAUCAUGCACAAAGCAUUCUGGGAUUGUUUGGAAGCUCAGCUGAAGGAGGAUCCACCGUCGUACGGCCACGCCAUCAAACUUCUGGCUGAGAUCAAAGAGACACUGGUAUCUUUCUUGCUACCAGGCCACGGUCGUCUGCGCUCUCAGAUUGAAGAGGUUCUGGACUUGCCUCUGAUCCAGCAGCAAGCUGAGAACGGAGCUCUUGACAUUGGUCGGCUGUCCCAGUUCAUCGUGUGGAUGAUGGGCUCGCUCUGCGCCCCCAGCAGAGACGAGGACAUACAGAAGCUGAAGCAGAUCACCGAAAUUGUGCCUCUGCUCAAGGCCAUAUUUUCUGUGCUGGACCUGAUGAAGGUAGACAUGGCUAACUUUGCCCUGAGCAGCAUCAGGCCUCAUCUGAUGCAACAGUCUGUUGAGUACGAGAGGAACAAGUUCCAGGAGUUUCUGGAAAAACAACCUAAUGCCUUAGACUUCACUGAGAAAUGGCUCGAGGACACAGUGAAAUGCCUGAAAGACUCAACAGCAGCAGCAGCAGCAGGUGGUGCUACAUCUGACUGUUCUUCACUCCAUCCCCUCAGUGUCCAUAAUCAUGCCUACCUUCGCCUGCUCAGGUGGGACCAUACCUCAGACCCAUUCCCGGAGACGGUGUUGAUGGAUCAGGUUCGGUUUCAGGAGAUGCAGCAGGAGGUUGAGCGGUUGGUUCUUCUCUCCUCCGUGCUGCUCAUUGUCUACACUACAACUGGGGAGGCCAUCUCAGGCCUCCCAGGACUGAUGGAGACCCUUAAAAACACUGUCAACAUAUUACUUGCAGACAUGCACUCACCUUCAUUUAGUGCACAGGAGGCCUUAGCGACCAUUGGGGAGAAACUGUGUGUUGAGCUGAGUCAGUGUCUAAGCCAGCAUGGCUACUCUCCAUUCUCAGCUGACCGAACGAGCACCCUGAGGGGGCAAAUCUCUGCCACCGUCCAACCAGACAACACAGUCCGCAUGCUGAUGGAAACUCGGGUUCAUAGCUACCUUCUGGCUUCUCUGGAGUCCAGCCAGCAUAAGACCCCUCCUCCUCUCCCCGGAGGUUUGGUUCCAGUCAGCAAGGAGCUGAAAGAGCUCACCGUCCGCUUCAGUCGCCUCGUCAACUUCAACAAGCUGGUCUUCUCCCCGUUCUACCAAAAGACCCUCCAGAAAAUACUGACGUCAGGGGAGAGUUCCAGCACAGCCACAUAA